GGUAACGCAAUCUCACACUCGGUCUUUUUUGUGGUUGGCGUUUGGAGGAGAGCAUUGCCAUGGAUCCAACAGUCAAGCAAGGCGAGCAGAGCGACGUAUUCGCCGGCUUUAGCACGGCCUUUAAAUCCUUCGCCACAGAGGCCAUACACGUCGGCCAGGAGCCGGAGCAAUGGAAGUCAAUGGCUGUGGUGCCACCGAUUUCUCUCUCUACCACAUUCAAGCAACACGGACCGGGUAACCACGCCGGGUUUGAAUACAGCCGAAGUGGAAACCCUACCAGAAACUGUCUGGAGAAAGCGGUUGCAGCUUUGGAUGGAGCAAAGUACUGUCUUGCUCUCGCCUCAGGACUGGCGGCCACUGUGACCAUCACUCACAUGCUCAAAGCAGGUGAUGGAAUCGUCUGCAUGGAUGAUGUGUAUGGAGGCACAAACCGCUACUUCCAAAGAAUUGCUGCUCAAAUUGGUCUGGAUGUGUCUUUGGCUGACUGUACAAAACCAGAGCUGCUCAAGGCUGCCCUGAAGGCCAAUACUAAACUGGUGUGGAUUGAAACACCCACUAAUCCCACAAUGAAGGUGGUUGACAUAAAAGCCUGUUCUGAGCUGGUCCACGAGUACAACAAAGACAUCGUGGUGGUUGUAGACAACACCUUCAUGUCGGCCUACUUCCAGCGCCCCCUGGCUUUGGGAGCUGAUAUUUGCAUGUAUUCCGCCACCAAAUAUAUGAAUGGUCACAGUGACGUGGUAAUGGGUCUGAUCUCGAUGAACAAUGAUGAUCUGUAUGAGCGACUGAAGUUCCUGCAAAAUGCACUGGGUGGGGUACCGUCUCCCUUUGACUGCUACCUGUGUAACCGUGGACUGAAGACGCUACACCUACGAAUGGAGUGUCACUUUAAGAAUGCCAUGGCUGCUGCCAAGUUCUUGGAGGCUGAUCCCAGGGUGGAACGUGUCAUCUUCCCAGGCUUGCCAUCUCACCCUCAGUAUGAUAUUAUGAAGAAACAAUGCACCGGCUGUCCAGGAAUGAUCACCUUCUACAUUAAGGGGAAACUUCAGCACGCCACCACCUUCCUCAGUAACCUCAAAAUGUUUGCUGUAGCUGAGAGUCUGGGUGGAUAUGAGAGUUUAGCAGAACAUCCGGCAAUUAUGACCCAUGCAUCAGUGCCAGAAAAUGAGAGGAGUGUGCUGGGCAUUAGUGACACACUGAUCCGACUUUCUGUGGGACUGGAGGAUGAGGCCGACAUCAUUGAAGACCUGGAUCAGGCACUGGCUGCUGCUCAUCCAAAGAAGAAGUGAAAUACCUUCCAGUGGAGUGGCUUGAAGUAUUGAACCACUGCAGAUCAACAAAUGAUUUCAACUCAGUGAGAUUCACCUUUCAGGGAGCAACUCGUUCUUGAAAAAAAAUACAAAAUGAAUACUGUAUGUGAAUAAUUAUUACAAUUGUUACAGGAGAAUCUUUUUAAUAGAACCUCAGUUUUGAUUUUUUUUUUUAUCAUAUGCUGAUUCUGCAUUGUUUACAUGUUUACUUGUGAUUUUUGAAAGACUUCAAUGAGUACAAAACUUUAAAGGAGUGAGUUUCUGCAAGUUUCUGCAAACCACUGUACCAAACCAGGUGUCUCCAGAUGUUCGCAUAAUAAUAUCACUGUUCCAAGAACAGAAACAAGUAUAUUUUAACAAUUGACCAGAUGUGGAGCUCAUGCUGCUUCUUACUGGUGAAAAAGUCAGCUUUACAGAUGCUCUAAGAAGCUAAAGACAAACAUCUUGCCAUCACUAAGAACAAAUAUCAGAAAUGGUGAUUACAAAUAAGUUGGAAGCAGAGGAGGUACUAUAUACUAGUUUUGUAUGACUACAACUUGAUAUUAAUCAUUGCAAACAAGAGAUUCCUCAUGUUUGAGACUAAUCAGGACUUUUGCCAAUAUAUGUGGGAGGGCUUAAGUACACACAUGCCUUAUUUGGAGCACAACUUCCCAGCAAUGACUACUGUGAAGGUGUUUAAUAGUAGCAACCAAAGGUUGUUACAAGAACCUUUCUCGGAAUAAUACUGGAUGAGGAGCGUUGUGUGUUCUUGAAGCCAAAAAAGCAAAAUCUCUCCCAGGCCAUGUCUCUCUCUUUUAUCUGUGCAGAGACUGAAUCCUGUAGUUUCAUACCAUAUUGCUGCUCAUCAAUGUCAUUAAUGUAACUGACAAAUCCAUUAAAAUCAGUUUGCAGUAUAA